GCUUCAGAACAAUGCUGCUACACUGAAGGGCUGAUUUUCAUAAGAGUGUGGGGCUGAUGUCGGCGUCGGUGGUGGGGAGGGCAGUUUAUUCUCCACUAUUGGGGCUUGGUACAGCGAGUGGCGAGAGGUUCUGCUGCUGUGACUCCUUACAUGCGAGUGCCCAACGGAAGAUUGCUGGAACCACUCCUAGAGGAGCUGCGGACAUUUGGACUUUGGCCACAGCCACCUCCACAGACUGUGGCAUCGAGGACCUGGAGUGAGACCACCAGCUCGGGGGAGAACAAAAGGAACGUGAAGAAAACAAAAAAAAGAAGUCUUCAGGGUUGAGAGGCAGCAGGAGCCUGGUGCUGAGGCUGAGAACCCGGCUGUCGAGCUGUCUGGGUGUGAGUAAACACCCUCUAGUGGAGCUUUUGACAAGCUGCAGAGAUUCGGUCCAUUCGGAACUAUCAACUUUUCAAGAAGUCUAUGGUCCAGUACUAAGCAGAGACAAUGUGGUGUUUGGAGCUGCUCAUACCUCUGCUGUUAAUUAUCAGUGAUGGCAACUGUCAGUGGAAUAUUUGGUUACCUCGGGAUAUCUCUGCCAUGACAAACUCCUGUGUGGUCAUCCCAUGCAGUUUUAUGUACCCAUCUGGAAUCAGGCCUGUCCGGGGCAUCCAUGGUAUUUGGUACUAUGGCCAGCCCUAUCCACAACUAUUCCCCCCAGUAGUCUUCAAAUCACUUACAGACAUCGUGCAUGAGAGCUACAAGGGACGCACCAAGCUUUUGGGUGACCUUAACCAGAGAAACUGCACACUACUCAUCGGUAAUGUCGGCACAGAGCACUCAGGAAGAUACUACUUCCGUGCAGACAUUGGUGGAGCCAACAAAUAUUCCUACCCAGACUUUGCUGAACUCAAAGUUUUAGAUCAGCCAAACAUCGACAUACCAGAGGAAAUCGUCAGUGACGAGAGCCUGGAGCUGACGUGCUAUGCUCCUGAUAACUGCCCUGACAUGACUCCAGAGAUCCAGUGGAUGUACACUGACUACCUGCCUGAUCCGGAGUUCAGCUCUGAUUCCCUGGAGGAGAGCAAUACAGCAGUGAUCUCGAACACUCUCACCUUCACACCCAGACCAAUGCACAAUGGUCAACUGCUGGGUUGCAGGGUUUACUACCCAAACACCACACUGGUCUAUGAGAGACUCAUCUCAUUAGAUGUCAAGUAUUCUCCACGAUCAGUGUGGGUGAAUGUAUCCUCUGAAGUGAUGGAGGGCAGCUCUGUGACGCUACACUGUGAGGUGGACAGCAAUCCUUCUCCUAGAAUCUCCUGGAGGUUUGGAGACCAAGAGCUCCUAUGGGACACAGCAUCCAACAUCUCUCUCUUCCUGGAUGAUGUGACGCCUGAAAAUGAGGGGAUUUACACCUGCGUCGGAGACAACGGCUAUGGCGUUAUGAACACUUCAAUGUACCUGGCAGUGAAAUACCCGCCUCGUGAACCUGUUGUAAACGACUCCAUGACAGUAGUUGAGGGCACUUCACUGGCCCUGCACUGUAACACCAUGGGGAGCCCGGCCCCAACACUCACCUGGCUGAAGGACGGGCAGCUGGCAGGCUCUAUAACUGCUGGCGAGCUCUCAGUGCUGGAGAUCCUGGAAAUCACGCCGCAGCAAACAGGGCAGUAUCGCUGCCUGGUGGAAAAUGAACAUGGACGAGCCAGCGCAUCCCUCAAUAUCACUGUGGAGUAUGCCCCUGUGUUUCUGGAGGAGUCAAAGUGCACAGUGGUGAGGGAGGGAGUCCAGUGUGUUUGUGUGGCUGUGGGAAACCCUGAACCCACUAUCGAGUUUUACCUGCCUGACCUCAACAUAACCAUCAACGAAACCGACGGCCGGUUCAACUUCUAUACGCACACAGACGGUCAUAUGUCCACUGCCAUGAUCAAGCUGCGGGAGAAAGGUGAGCGGGCCGACAACAGCGGGCCGGCUGUAAACGUCCACUGCAGCAUGUCCAACAUCUAUGGGAGAGAGAGUGUCCUUUUGGAGCUACAACAAGAAAAAAAGUACAUGAUGGCAGUUAUAGUUGGCACCAUUGGAGGAGUCGCAGUCAUUGCCUUCAUCAUUGCCGCAGUGAGAUACGUGGGCCAGAAUAACAAGAAAGAGAAUGGCAACCCUAGGCAGGACGUGGUCCUGGAGAACCCAGCUUUGUACUACAGCGCAGUCAAGAAGGACAAACAAAAUCUGAGGAAGAAAGUGCUUAAGACAGAGCUGUUGGGCUCAAAGUUUAACUCCAUUCUAGAGGAGACUACGGGAGAAGACGGGGAUUAUCAACCUGUGGGCUCUGUGGGAGGACUGGAGAGGCAAGAGCUGAAUUACGCUGCUCUGGAGUUUAUCGGCGGCAGGCCCAGUGAGAGGGCCUCAGGGAGGGGGGAUGACGGCAGCAACUACACAGAAAUCAAAGCCAAAUGAAUCGCAAUCCUUCCCUGAUCCCUCGGCUAUGCGAGACGCAGUGGCAGCCACGAGUUAUAUACAUCUUCACCAAAAACUUUUAUUAAUUCCCUCACUGGCUAUCUCCCCGUUGGUGACUCACUUUUCUGAUGUAUAAUUUAUAAUGUACAAAUCCAUGACGGUGGCCUCCCCCUUUAAGGUGCCCAUUUUCCACGAGAGACCCUUUUUAUACACCACUCAUUGGAAAAACUGUCUGUUUUCCAGGAUGGAGCCAGACUCACAGGACAAUUUCAUAAAUUAUUUGAAUUACAAGCCUGAGUUGUACAUUGUUUAUGCAUUAUUUGGUGUUUUUUUUUUUUUUUUUUUUUUAAAUCCUUGCAGUUAUCCUUGUCUCAUCCGUCUCACUAUUUGAUCUGUCUGAUUACUGUCACUGCGUCUGCUGCCGGUCGAAGCAUCAGGGGAAGGAGUUACUGUACAUCUUCUUCUGUUUUUGUCACAUCAACAGAGAGUAAUCCCUCUCCUCUGUUUUCUGGUUUGGCUUCAUUACAUCUUAAGAACAUAAAUAUAUGGAGGCAAGAUGUUACUGGCAAGAGUUACGCUUCUUGGUAUCUUGCCUCGUCAUAACUGUAUUUAAUUUGUUGUGGAACCUAGGAAAACAGAAAUAUGUCUCUCUUACUUUUGACUUUAGGAAAUUACGUGACAUGCCACCUACUUAUGAAAACUGUCACAAUUUCCUGCAUUUGUCCCAAAUCUAUAGAUUUUCACUCACUGUGGCAAGUGCAAAAUGUCUAUUUUCUUCACCUUAGAGCGUAUGUUUUCUCACACAUACUAGAAAUUACAGACCUAAGGCACAACAUAUAUAUAUAUAU